AUGAGGCCUAGACCAUUUGUACUACAUUCCGAUCAUGAAUCUCUCAAGUACAUUAAUGGUUCUCAUAAACUCAAUGCAAGACAUGCCAAAUGGGUUGAAUUUCUCCAAUCUUUCACCUUCUCUUCUAAGUACAAAGAAGGGAAGGGCAAUGUAGUGGCCAAUGCUCUUUCUAGGAGGCAUUGUAUGAUCAUUAUUCUCGAUGCGAUGUUUUUGGGGUUUGAGUUACUCAAAGAGUUGUAUGGUGAUGAUGAGGAUUUUGGUGAGUUGAUGAAGAAGUAUGAGAACGGGAUCAAUGGCUCUUUCAUGAUGCAAGAAGAUUUCCUUUUCAAGGGAAACAAGCUUUGUGUUCCAAAAUGUUCUCAUCAAAAGCUACUUGUGAAAGAAGCUCAUUAA